AGUGCGCAUGUCCGCGGUGGUCUUUUUAUUCUCUUGUGUCUCGGGAAGCCUGCGCUGUGGUCGUGGUCGGGAAGACGGGUUUUGCGCUGCGCCAUUGUUGAAAAAGGAAGCGCUCAAUGCGCUCGCUGAGCAGACUCUCCCAAAGCUUGAUACUUUUCACCGACCGUAGCUGUGAUAUUAGACUUUUUUUGUACCCAAAGCUAGCCUGACAAGAUAACGAGAAUUCAGCAGAAUGGAGGACGAUCAACAGUUCUGCCUAAGGUGGAACAACCACCAAACGACCUUAAUACAAAAUUUCGACACGUUACUAGAAUCCGGUACCCUAGUGGAUUGCACCUUGGCGGCGGAGGGGAAGUACCUAAAGGCUCACAAAGUGGUCCUCUCCGCGUGCAGUCCUUACUUUGAGGGCCUUCUCAGCGAACAUUAUGAUAAGCACCCCGUUUUCAUACUCAAAGAUGUUAAGUUUAAAGAACUAAAAGCCAUGAUGGACUAUAUGUACAGGGGAGAAGUGAAUAUCUCCCAAGACCAAUUGGCAGCCCUCCUUAAGGCCGCAGAGUCUUUACAAAUAAAAGGCCUCUCGGAAAGUAGAACUGGUGGUAACGCCUGCCCGAAACCAGACACCAGGCAAAAUAAAGUCAGCUCACAACCGACGGCUCCGUCGUUAGACAUUCCACAUGCGUCUUCCGGACUCACAAUAGAGAAGAACAACAAAGUUCCCAGACAGAGUUUGGCUCAGAGCUCUGUUGGUGACCUACCUGAAGAUUCUGCCAGCCCCUCCAUCCCCAAAGGUCUCUCCUCCAGGGAAGGUUCCCAAAGUCCUGUCUCCAGAAAGAGAAAAAGACUUAGAAGAAGAAGCGUCGGGGAAGACAACUCUGUAGAAAACCAUGAAUCCAACUCUAGUGAUAUGACCCAAGCCAAUGUCCCAGCCAUGGGAAUCGCCCCUGUUGCCGAUGAGAAGUCUCAUGCCGACCCCGCUGACUCCCUCGGCAGGUCGGCACUGAUGCAACAGUUGACGAAACCUGCCGAUGAGAUGCUUCAGCUUCCUGUCGAAAAACCUGAACCUACCGAAGACAUGAUACAACCAAAGUCUGAGUAUUUGGACGACCCGGAGGAGAGUGUGGAAGACUUAACGUUAGACGACGAUAUGAAUGACCUCAAUGAAAUGGAAGAUAGUAAUAGGGCUGGUCCAAGUACGCAUGAUCCUUCGCAACAUCCUGGUUUAGCGGCGUGGCAUGUGACGGGCGACAGAAGUAACGCGGGUGGCGUUGUAGGAGUACCUGGUGGACCUGGAAAUCAAGAUGAAGUCUUUCUCGCAGCCCACGAGGCCGUCCAAGCACAACGCGACUCACAAGAGUAUGGCGAGUACAUGUUUGUUGGCGAAGGGGACCAAGCUGAAGUUGUAUGGGAAUGCAUAAAUAUAUCUGAUGAAAAUGUAGAAAGCAUCGCUAGCCGUACAGAUGAAAUUUUGCGUCAAGGGAAACUAGCAAAGAAAACUAAAAAAAGAAGCCAACCAGUCAGAGAACCCCAGGUUAAGUACCUAACAAGAUCUCGCUUGCGACUACCAGAAGAGUCGACAAAAAAUAAAAAAGUUCUUGAAUGUCCAAACAAGUGUGGAAGCUCCUUUUUCUACCAGCACACUCUAGAAAAACAUGUUCGUCACAUUUGUGAUCAACCCAUGAGGUACAAGUGCCCAUAUUGUUCUCUUGUCUCCAGAAACCGUAACAAUCUUAACGUUCACAUAAAAUUCCGUCAUCCCGGGUACAAGAAUUACGUGAUUGACACCUUUAUCGGAAAAAAUGAACCACUUUUCGAAGAUGAAUAUGAUACGUCUUAUGAGCAGAACAUUGAACACUCAUGGAACGAGGAACACGAAAUCAAGAUUCUAAGCGUUUCCAGCCUUGCAAAAUCUGAAGACAUCAAACACGAAUUUGAAGAUUUCAAGGACGAAUCUAUUAUAAACAAGAGAUUCUCUUGCCCCAACAACUGUGGCAGUUCGUACAAGCACGAAUACACUCUAAAAGCUCAUGUGGAGUUUGCUUGUCACCAAAAUCCGGCACUGAACAACUUGCAUCUGGAAGAAGAGGAAUCAGAGCCUGGAACAAAUGAGACGACAAUGAUGGAAGUUACGAAAUUCGAGUCUCCUGAGGAAUUGCCGAACCCCAUGGCACUUGCAGAAUCUUCAGAGUUUAAAAAUGAAGAGGGUAAAUGGGUUUGUCCCAAAAGCUGUGGAGGUACCUUCAGCACUCGAGGUAAUUUGAAUUACCAUCUGCGUACAUUGUGUGGAAUUGAGCCAAGAUUGGAGUGUCCCUAUUGCUCCCACCGCAUGAAGCAGCCUUCCAAUGGCUUCACUCACAUCAAAACUCAUCACCCUGAUGCUCAGCUCUGUUUGGUAGAUACCGUAACAGGUGAAAUUGUUAGACGAAAGAAAGACAUGGGAAACGCUGAUAUGACAAACAUCGACAACUAUACAUCUAAAACUCCCGAGACUAAAAAAAUCUCUCCAACUAAGCUGGCAAGAACUUGUCAGACCUGUGGAAAGGUAUUUAAAUUACAUCAUACCUUGUCAAGACAUCUUGCUGAAGGCUGUGGACAACCACCUCGUUUCAAAUGUCCGUGGUGCGAUUAUCAAGUAAGGAGACUUUCGUACGCUUUCUUCCAUGUAACGAAGAAUCAUCCAGGGUUGAAGGUCUACAUGGUAGAUUUGCUCACUGGAGAAAGCAUCACCGAUUCGACUCAGAUAAAAAAAGAAGCCGUCGAAGAGGUUAAGGAAGAGAAGCCACUUGCUCCUAAUCCAGUGCACUCUUUAAGACCCAAGAGAGCCCAGACCUCUGUUCCUGCUGGUCUUCAGAAAAAGAAACUGAUGUGUCCAAGAGGCUGCGGUCAGUACUUCUUCUUCCAACCAAGUCUUCAGAAGCAUAUUAAAUACAAAUGCAGAAAAACCAGUAAACCUUUCCAAAGUACAGGUUCUGCUCGAUUCAAAUGUUCCUACUGCGUCAAUAGUUUUGUUCAUCGUACGAGCGCCCUAAGACAUCUAAGGACCCACCAUCGUGGUAAGACAAAGAUUGUGAUUGAUACCCAUGCGGAGGAAAUUGUACCCGAGACUGCUGCAGCAAAAGUACUUGAGCGUAAUCAAGAGAGAAAGACUCAAACGCGGACUUUGAAGACUCAGAAGGAGAAAACCGAUAAACUGCCAAAAUCCACUGAUAAUCAAAAUGAUACUGAGAAGACUGACUCGAAUUCUCAGGGCACUUCCGAGCUGAUUCAUUGCCCUAACAAAUGCGGAAGUAUGUUUGAGCAUAGUUUUAAUAUUAGUCGUCAUUUACGUCAAUCCUGUUCUAAAGUUCGUCGCUUCAAGUGUCCACAUUCACAAUGUACGUACCGUUCACAGCAAUUUAAUUUGGUUGGAAAGCACAUCAAGAGGACUCAUCGACUGAGCAAGAUUUACGCUUAUGAUAUUUUCACCAAGCAGUUGGUCUACUCAGAACCUAAACGUCGCCCACGGUCUUUGGCGCUACCUAAAAGGGCUAUACAGGAACCUUCUGCCUCAUCAGAGACAGAAGUUGAACAGAAAUCGGAUUCAGUAGUUUCUAAAACAUUUGCUAAAAAAUCUAAAUUGCAGAGCCGGUAUCCGUGUCCUAACAAUUGCGGAAAAUCUUUCAAAGUAGAACGCUCCGUAGACACUCACUUGAGACUGAUUUGUGGCCGUAGUCCUCGAUAUAAGUGUCCGUAUUGCAUCCAAGUUUGCAGACAUCAAGGAAAUAUAACUAUCCACAUUAAUCACCGACAUCCUGGGAGAAGAAUUUAUUCGAUUGACAUUUUGAAAAAGAAAACACCUAAGGAAGUAGGCAAGCAGACAAGGAAAGAGAAACAGGCUGAAGAAAUUCAGGAAGAAGUGGAAAAGGAACAACUGCAGAUUGCAACUGGAUCAGAUGACUUGUAUGAUCAAAAUGUCCCUGAUAAUGAAACCUCUGAGACUGUCUUCCAGCCUCAUUUGAUGGAUGUACCUGUUAUACAGGAGGCCAAGAAGGCUAAGAUAACCAAGAUGGCUAAAAAGUCCUUGCCUGUAAUGAAACAAAAAUUGGAUUGUCCUAACAAUUGCGGUCGCAGUUUCAUAUCAACUCAAAGAUUAAAAGUACACGUAAAGUCAAACUGUAAGAACGCUCCCACUUUUAAGUGUCCAUACUGUGAGACAGUUUGUGCACAUUCGUGGAAUAUCUCUAUGCACAUUAAACACCGUCAUCCUCAAUUUUAUGGCGUUAAUAAGCAGCAAGAUGUUGGGACUGAAGAGGAUGAGAAACAUAAUGAAGAUUUGACAAAACAAAACGGAACGGGCGAACAAUUAAUGAAUGUGGAUGAAGAGAUUGCGAGUGAAUCACAUGAAGUAGAGCAUUUAGAACAAAGCAAUAUUGAUGUUGCUAACGAUAUUGAGGAGGAUGUGGAGAUGGAGGAAAAUGUAACUGAAGAUGUGGAGAUGGAAGAAAAUAUAACCCAGGAAGUCGAUAAUGAGAAUGCUAACCAGAUGGAAGCUACCAACGACGUGGAUAAUCAUGAGAUUCCGAAUGACGAAGAUGACGAUAUUGAAUUUGAGCUUGAAGAUGAAAACGAGAUUGAACAAGAGACAUCGCAUGUAGCAGAGGCAAAUAUCACAGCCAAUAUUUCCCUUAAUACGAGCAACUCGAUCAACCCAACUUCACCGAAAAAAUUCCCCUGUCCUAAUAAUUGUGGCAGUUUUUAUUCUAAUCCCAGUAGUUUGAAGACUCACGUACGUUACGCAUGCGGCCAAAAUCCACGAUUCAAAUGUCCCUAUUGUACGUCAAUCACUCGCCAAACUUCUAAUGGUUAUGCACAUGUAAAGAAAAUGCACGAGGGUCGUCAAAUUUAUCUGAUUGAUAUUGUCACCAAUAAGUUCAUUUGUGGAUCGAGGUAUCAACCAUCUAUAAAAACAGCAGAGGUUCUUGAAAAUCAAAAUCUGGGGCAGAAUGAUCUUAUUGAAAAACAAAAUGCCCCUGAUACCCAGGCCUUUGUUGGUAUUGAUCAAGUUGAAGCGAUGGCUGAUGAUUCAAACGAUGAACCUGAUGAGCCAGAUGAACCUAUCGUAGAAGCUGAGGAGGAAUUUGGAACAUCUGGAACGUCAGCAUCGCCAAAAUCAUCACCAGAAAAGAACAAACCUUUCCUCUGUCCUAACAACUGUGGCAGUUCAUUUAGCCAUGAGUACAGCUUAACCAGACAUAUUAGAGAUCAAUGUGGCCCUCCGCGUUACAAAUGCCCUCACUGCUUCUACAUCACAAGACAGCCCUCGAAUGUGUACACUCACAUAAAAAAGAAGCAUCCUGAUGAGAGGAUCUACAUGAUUGAUACUGACAUGAACCAAAGCUGCGACGAACCAGGAUCACCUCCUGGAGAUGAUGAAAAUUAAUUAUAAGAAAUCACUGCACAUGCGUUUGGGGUUCCUCGAUCGGUGCCAUUGAUACACACGUGUUCUACUUGUAAGAGCACUUUCCAAAGGAAGAGUAGUUUCGUAAGGCAUAUGCGCUACAUUUGUGGCAGCGAACAACGCUUUAAGUGUCCAUAUUGUUACAGUAGAAGUAAUUUAGCUAGUAAUGUGUAUAAACAUGUUCGCUGCUUUCACCCGGAACGCGAAGUUUUUACUAUUGAUGACGUAAUGCUUUGUAAAAAACAGCCCUAAGUGGUAAAUAAACGCAUAUUUUUUAGCACAA